GGGAGACCGAAGGAAAUGAGACAUUUUCCUCCCACGGACUCGCGCUCCUGCAGCGUGUGCCGGGCUCGGGGAGUUCUGAGGCCGGGUCCCGAGUCCGCAGCUCAGCCCUGACCCAGGAGGGCCGCCCGGAUUUCUCUUCGAGGUGCGCUUUGCCCAAGCCUGAGUCCAGAGCAGCACUUUGCAGCCUCCGUCCUUGGGUGAUCGGCGAUCCGCUCCGGGUCACCCCCACCCCCCGCUCGGACCCCGGAAGUGCGCGCCUGGGUCCCCACGAAGGAGAAGAGGGACAGAGGCCACACUGAUUCAGCAGAAGUGUCUCCAGGUCUCCUCGGAUGUCACAUGAGGUUGCCUCUCAGCCCCAGCAUGGAGCCAGUGACUGUGGAGCCAUCAGAAAUGGCUUUGCUCAGCAGUAUCCUGGCCACCUGUUCCUUUGUCUCAGAAAACCCUGAGCGGGCGGCUCUGUACUUCGUCUCUGGCGUAUGCAUCGGACUGCUGCUGACCUUGGCGGCAGUGGUGAUGAGGAUCUCUUGCCACACAGACUGCCGGCGGGGUCCCAGGAGGAAGUGUUUGCAGAAUCGAGAGCUCAGCAGCGAGAGCAGCGACAGCGAGGACGGCAGCGAGGACACGGCGUCUGACCUGUCGGUGCGGAGACACCGCCGCUUCGAGAGGACUUUGAACAAGAACGUGUUCACCUCUGCAGAGGAGUUGGAGCGUGCGCAGAGACUGGAGGAGCGCGAGCGCAUCAUCAGGGAGAUCUGGAUGAACGGCCAGCCGGAGGUGCCCGGCACCCGCAGCCUCAACCGCUAUUACUAGCUGUGCAGCCGGAACCCCGGAAUCUCUGGAGGUCGCCUGGAAGGGAGAGAGGCUCUGCACCGUCAGUGGGCACAAGGCACAUGAACUGCUCAUGUGGUGCCAGAGAAACGCGGGGCAUGCCCACUUCCCAGCAGAACAAUGAGUCCUGCUUUGGGACUCUUGCCUCUGGAGAAAUAGAAAACUGAAGCAAGCACAGCCUCCCUUCCUGGUCUUGAAACCCACGUGCGUGCUCCAACUCUUCCAGGUCUUGGAAUAGUACUGAAACUCCCUCUCCAACCAUGUGAUGGCAAUGUGAGAACCGAAAAUAUGGUUCCUCUUAAUUUCUGAGGGUCUCAGAAGUUUGCAUAGACUUAUGGCUGUUAACUCCUUUACAAAAGGAGAGAGCCUUGUAGCUUGAGAGCUGGGGGUAUCAGGGUAAACUUAACCCAGGAAAGGCAAUUUUCUGAAUGACUCCAUGCUGUGGAGAUUAUUUUGAUGGAGAUAGCGUGAUCUAUGCUAAUUAUUUAAGGCUAAUUUUUUAAAAAAUCUUGUGUUGCAAUGACAACCUCUGCAUUUUAACUGACACCUCAGGGAUUAAAAUCCUAUUUUUUUAGUAUAGUUCCCACCUCAUUCAUGAAAAUUAAUAGAAUUUACUGUAUCAUGAGAGGUGUGUCAGUGAUCAAUAACCUCAAAGGAUAAAGCAUUUAUUUUUAGUAGCUUAUAAAAUAUAUACUGACAUGGGUAUUUGAAAAUGCUGCAUGAAAAUACAUCUCCCCUUUUGGAGAACUGUCUCUCAUGACUUCAGAGAAUCUUGGUGUUUAAAUAUUUUGUUUAAGAAAAAACAGUUUGGAUUUCCGAGAAAAGAAUGGAAAUCAGAGCUAAGAAUUAAGGCCAAACUUAGAAUGGAAUCUAAAAUAAACAUUCCAUAAAAAUC